ACAAAAAAAUAAAAUAAAAUAAGGGCCAAAAAAACAAAAAAGAAAAAAAAAAUUUUUUAUUUUUUGUUUUUUUGUUUUUUUUUAUUCAAUUUUAGUUUUCUUUGUAUCCCCUUCAUUGCAUUAAUAUAAAAUAUCUUUAUUGUAUUAUAUAUUAUCCCAAGUUGCUCAAUUAAAUUCAAUUGAGAAUCAACUCACUCAAACAUACUAAGAUCAAAAAGUUGAUCUUAACUUGUAUCCAACUCAAAUCAAAAAAAACAAAAAACAACAUAUUUUUAAAACAAAGAUUCAUUAAUAAAAAUCACAAACUAUAAAUAACAAAAAAGCAGAAGAAAAAGAAGAAGAAAUCAUUUACUCAAAAUGAUUAUUAAAUCUUCUUAUUUGAAUUUAAAUCUAAAUUCAAAUCUAAAUUUACUUCGAAAAUCCCUACUUUAUCACUCAUCCUUAUUCUCCCUUUCCUCUCGUGCUCUAUCCCACAAUUUCGCAAAUAAGCCUAUACUCCCCUUUCUCAACAGAUCUCUAUCCACUUCUUCUCCUAUCAACCAAGCUUCAAACCAAGAUCACAUCUCAAAACCCUAUGCUGGCUCCAAAGUCUUGUCCUCUUUUAACGACGAACAUGCUCACCACCUAGUCGACGUCCACAAAGUUCUUGUCAUCGGUUCUGGUGGUUUAUCUAUUGGUCAAGCUGGUGAAUUUGACUAUUCUGGUUCUCAGGCUAUCAAAGCUCUUAAGGAAUCAAACAAGGAAACCAUUCUUAUCAAUCCAAAUAUCGCAACUAACCAAACCUCCCACUCCCUCGCUGAUGAAGUCUACUUCUUACCUGUCACCCCUGAAUACAUUACCUACAUUAUCGAAAGAGAAAGACCCGAUGGAAUACUCCUAACCUUUGGUGGUCAAACUGCUUUGAACUGUGGUGUUGCCCUAGAAAAAAUGGGCGUCCUUGAUAGGUAUAAUGUUAAAGUCCUAGGUACCCCAAUCAAAACUCUAGAAACUUCCGAAGAUAGAGACCUAUUCUCAAUUGCUCUCAACGAAAUCGAUAUCCCCAUUGCUGAAUCUAUCGCUGUUGAUAAUCUCAACGAUGCCCUAGCUGCCGCUGAGAAAAUUGGCUAUCCCAUCAUUGUUCGUUCUGCCUAUGCCCUUGGUGGUCUAGGCUCUGGUUUUGCUUCCAAUGGCUCUGAAUUGAAAAAUUUGGCUUCUCAAUCGUUAUCUCUUGCUCCUCAAAUCCUAGUCGAAAAAUCUCUCAAAGGCUGGAAAGAAGUCGAAUACGAAGUCGUCAGAGACAGAGUUGACAACUGUAUAACUGUUUGCAACAUGGAAAACUUCGAUCCUCUAGGUAUCCACACCGGUGAUUCAAUUGUUGUUGCUCCCUCCCAAACUUUGUCCGAUACUGAAUAUCAUAUGCUAAGAUCCGCUGCCAUCAAAAUCAUUCGUCAUUUAGGUGUCGUUGGUGAAUGUAACGUCCAGUAUGCUCUACAACCUGAUGGUUUAGACUAUAGAGUCAUCGAAGUUAACGCCAGAUUAUCAAGAUCCUCAGCUUUAGCCUCAAAGGCAACUGGCUAUCCUCUCGCUUACACUGCUGCUAAAAUCGCUCUCGGCUACACUCUUCCUGAAUUGCCAAACCCAGUCACUGGCACAACCACCGCCAAUUUCGAACCCUCUCUAGAUUACAUUGUAACUAAAAUUCCAAGAUGGGAUCUAAGCAAAUUCCAAAAUGUCAAUAGAGAUAUAGGCUCUUCAAUGAAAUCCGUCGGUGAAGUUAUGGCUAUUGGUAGAACCUUUGAAGAAAGUAUUCAAAAGGCUAUUAGACAAAUUGAUCCCUCCUUUUUAGGCUUUCAAGGUUGCGAAGAUUUCGCUGGUGAAGAAAACAGAGAACUACUAGAUGAUGUCUUGAAAAAUCCAACUGAUAGAAGAUGGUUGGCCGUCGGUCAAGCUCUCUUGCACGAAAACUACUCCGUCGAAAGAGUCCACGAAUUAUCUAAAAUUGACCACUGGUUCCUUUUCAAAUUAAUGAACAUUGUUGAAAUGUACAGAGAAUUGGAAAAAAUUGGCUCCUUAUUCGGUUUAAAUUCAGAUGUCCUUUCAAGAGCUAAAAAAUUGGGUUUUAGUGACAAACAAAUUGCUAAAGUCGUUGGUGCAAACUCAGAAUUAGAUGUCAGAGCAAGAAGAAAAUCUUUUGGUAUUGUUCCUUUUGUUAAAAAAAUCGACACCUUGGCCGCUGAAUUCCCUGCUACAACUAAUUAUCUCUACACAACCUAUAAUGCUUCAACUAACGAUAUCGAAUUCGAUGAACAUGGUACCAUGGUUUUAGGUUCAGGUGUCUACAGAAUUGGUUCAUCUGUUGAAUUCGACUGGUGUGCUGUCUCUACCGCUAGCUCUUUACGUAACAUGGGCAAAAAAACUAUUAUGGUCAAUUAUAAUCCUGAAACUGUCUCAACCGAUUUCGAUGAAGUUGAUCGUUUAUACUUUGAAGAACUCUCCCUUGAAAGAGUCUUGGAUAUUUACGAAUUGGAACAAUCAGCAGGCAUAGUUAUUAGUGUCGGUGGUCAAUUACCUCAAAUUAUUGCCUUAGCUCUACAAAAGUAUGGUGCAAGAAUCCUUGGUACUAGUCCAGAAGAUAUUGAUAAAGCUGAAGAUAGACACAAAUUCUCUUCAAUUUUAGAUAGUAUUGGUGUCGAUCAACCUGCUUGGAAAGAACUAUCUUCCUUAGAUGCCGCCAAAGCUUUUGCUAACGAUGUUGGUUAUCCAGUUUUAGUUAGACCUUCCUAUGUUCUUAGUGGUGCUGCCAUGUCUGUUAUUAGAACUGAAGAAGAUUUAAAACUUAAGUUAAGCAACGCUUCUAAAGUUACUCCAGAUCAUCCAGUUGUCAUUAGUAAAUUUAUCGAAGGCGCUGAUGAACUUGAUAUUGAUGGUGUUGCCUAUAAUGGUAAAGUCUUGGUUCAUGCUGUCUCUGAACAUGUUGAAAAUGCUGGUAUCCAUUCCGGUGAUGCUACUCUAGUUUUGCCUCCUCAAAGUUUAUCUGACGAAAUUUUGGCUAGAAUGAAAGAAAUUUCUGAUAAAGUUGCCAAAGCUUGGGAUAUAACUGGCCCAUUUAAUAUGCAAGUUAUCAAAAAUAAUAAUAUUGAAACUGGUGAAAUUGAAUUAAAGGUCAUUGAAUGUAAUAUCAGAGCUUCAAGAUCAUUCCCGUUUGUUUCAAAAGUUUUAGGAACUAACUUUAUCGAUAUCGCUACAAAGGUAAUCACUGGUAUUGAUGUUCCAGAACCAGUUGAUUUAAUGUCUCAAAAAUAUGAUUAUGUUGCCACUAAAGUUCCUCAAUUUUCCUUUACUAGAUUAGCUGGUGCCGAUCCAUUUUUAGGUGUUGAAAUGGCUUCAACUGGCGAAGUUGCUUGUUUUGGUCACAGUUUAACUGAGGCCUACUGGACUUCAAUUCAAUCAACCAUGAACUUUCAUGUUCCAUUGCCUCCAUCUGGUAUAUUAUUUGGUGGUGAUAUCUCAAACGAUUACUUGGGUAAUGUUGCUAAAAAUAUUUCAUUGAUCGGUUAUAAAUUUUACACUGCUUCAAAAGAUGUAGCAUCAUACCUUAAAAACUACUUGCCUGAAGAAACUCAAGUCGAAGUUAUUAAAUUUCCAAAAGCUGAUAAAAAGGUAUUAAGAGAAAUUUACCAACAAAAGGAUAUCAAAUGUGUUUUCAAUUUAGCUAAAACUAGAGCUGAAGAUCUUGUCAACGAAGAUUAUAUUAUGAGAAGAAAUGCUAUUGAUUUUGCUAUUCCAUUAUUCAAUGAACCAAAAACCUCGUUAUUAUUUUCAAAAGCUUUAAGUGAAAAAAUUGAUGAAAAAAUUGCUGCUCAAUCAAAUGAAAAAGUUCCAAUUCCCGCAGAAGUUCGUGGAUGGAGAGAAUUUGUUAAUAACGGUUCUUUAUAAAAAUAGUCAUUAUUUUUUAAUCUGUAAAAAAAACCCUUCUCUUUUUUUUUGAAUAGUUUUUUUACUGAUUUUUCUUAUUUUAUUUUAUGUAAUUUAUUUUACUACAAAUGAUUUCUUGUUAGUUUUAAUUUUUUUUUGCGGAUAAUCUAUUGUAAUGAAUAAAUGAAAUUUGUACAAAGAAUAUAAAAUAUUUUUACUGAAAAGUUAAGGACAGUAUAGGGAUCUAUGAAAU